AUGCAGGACAGAGGAGAGCCACCACAGGAAUCAACGACGUCGGUCCAUAUUGAAGUGCUGGACAACGAUGAUCAGGACCCCAUCUUUACCUCAAAUCUCUAUCGGGGGACUGUCGUCGAGGAUGCCUAUAUCACGGGAAAUCGGAUAAAGAGGCAGGUGAAGACUGAACCAAGAAUCCGAGCCUAUGACCAAGAUUUAGGGAUGAACGAGACCCUCGUCUACUCCAUUCUCUCCGGGGACCAGUAUGGAUUCUUUGAAAUAGAUUCCAGGACUGGAUCUCUCUUCCUCGUUAAAGAGAUUGACCGAGAAGCGUUAAAAAAUAGCGGGUUCUCCCUGCAAAUCAGUGCAACUCAGACGAACAACCACGGUCGGCACAGCCUUGCCAUGGUAGAGAUCCAAGUCAUGGAUGUCAACGACAACAUCCCCACUUUCAGCGCCGAUCUCUAUAAUAUCAGCAUCAUGGAAAACCUUCCAAACGGAUUCAGUGUCGUCCAAGUCUAUGCCUUCGACCGCGAUCAGGAUGAGAAUGCGGCUUUCGUAUAUGGCCUGGAGGAAGCGUACGGUCCAUUCACCAUAGACGGGCAUACAGGCUGGUUAUCGGUGAAAGACUCUUCCCUGCUAGACCGAGAAACGACUCCUAUGGUGAGAAUGACCGUGUCCGCCAGGGAAGCCAAGCCGAACGUGAUGGAGAAAGCGGGGAAAACAAGGGCCACAAUAGAGGUCCAUCUCCUGGAUGCUAAUGACAACAGCCCCAUCUUCUUUCCGAACAACGUCUUUACCUUCAACAUCACUAGAGACGCUUCCGUCGGCACUAUCAUUGGACAGGUAGUAGCAGAAGAUGCAGAUGCGGGGCUGAACGGAAUGGUGAAAUACCGGGUGACCGGAAUCAGACCGGAAUCUCAGGGAAAUCCCUUCCAGGUGGAUCCUCACUACGGGACGCUCACGGUGUCCAGGACCUUGGAGUAUGCCAUACCAUAUACGUUGUUCGUGGAGGCAACGGAUUCCCCGGGGAACCCGUCAGAGACCCGAUCCUCCUUGGCCGUCGUCCACAUCUUCGUGUCCAAUCGGAACGAACAUCCUCCGUUCAUCGUUGGGGCUCCGUUAGAGUUCUGGAUCGGGGCGGAGGUACCCAUUGGGACUAUUGUGGGACAGAUCAAGGCCUCAGACCCCGACGGAGACGUCCUUGAAUACGACCUCCUUCACAAGUAUCGAGAGGGAGUUCCUUUUGCCGUGGAGGAGAGAUCAGGGAUCAUAGCCAUCUGGGAUGAUUUAGAGAAAUACGGUCGGCUCCAUUAUUUCUUCCAAGCAAUAGUCAGCGAUGGAAAUCACACUGUAACGACCAACACGACGAUCCAUCUCGUCCUUCCCGAGGACAAGAAUAUGGUUGAACUUGGGCCCUACGAGUUCAAGGUCCCUGAGAACCAAUUGCAUGCCGAGGUCGGGAAGAUCAAGGUGAAGGAGUCUCGGCUCGUGACCUUGACCUUUGAAAUCCCUGAUCCGGAAGCGACCAAAGUCUUUCGGAUCAGGAACGAUGGGACUUUGGAAACUCGACAAAGCCUCGAUCGGGAAAAGACGCCCAGUUACGAUCUCAGAAUCCUGGUCCAGCAGAAUCAGAAGAAGCUGGAGGGAGUGGUGAAUGUAAAGGUAAAGGUGACGGACGAGAACGACAACCCUCCCACCUUCUCGGACCCGGAAUAUCGAGGUUACAUUCAAGAGAAUUCUCCACCAGGGACAUUAGUGGACAUCAAACCCAAGAUCAGAGUCUUUGACGCCGACGAAGGUGAGAAUGCCUUAUAUUGGCUGAUUCUCCAAGGAAACGAUAAGGAACUGUUCGAAUUGAAUCCACAACGGAAACAAAUCUUCCUCGCACCUACUGCCAAGCUAGACCGAGAGGUCAAAGCGACCUAUAAUUUACUAUUGGUCGCCAUCCAGGGUCGAUACAAUGUGACGGCUAAGUUGACCAUUUCAGUCAAUGAUGAUAACGAUCAUCAACCAGAGCUGGUGUUCAAGCCCUCCAAGGACGAGUUUGGAUUUCCCCUACUUUUCAACAACAGCCUGAGGUCCCUGGCAUCGGAUAUACACGUUUCUAUCGUAACGCCAGACGGUUCCAACGUCCACAAUACUCGGGAAGUGCACGUGCAGGUGCCGGAGAAUGUUCCUAUCGGCUCCUCGAUCGGGACUCUCCUAUCUAUCGAUGAUGACAUCGGCGAAAACGGCGACGCAUCUUACGACAUCAUUUCGGAAGAAUUGGUGACACUCAGUGGAUCUAGGAGUUCUUCCUACAUGAAGGUGAAUGCUGUGACUGGAAACGUCAUCGUGUCCAAGGCCUUGCAGGGUGGGUCGGAAAUCCAUCUGAAUGUCUCUUCUGUCGAUGGAGGAGGACUCAUGUCCACCCAGAUGAUCCUGAUCCAUGUCCAAGACAUCAACGAUCACCAUCCUGUUUUUCAACAAUCGACCUACAAGUUCUCCAUCGUGGAAGGAGAGUAUGGGAUGUCCCACGUCGUCGGUCGGGUGGUCGCCCGCGACGAAGAUAUAGGGAAUAACGGAGCCAUUAGUUACGCGUUGCGAGAGAACUUGUCUGCAUCCUUCCGGGUAGCGGUGGACUCCCUCAGCGGUGAGGUGACUGUGAUCGGAAGUGUCGACCGAGAAUCGACGCCAGUGGUAAACCUUGCCGUGUUCGCGGUGGACCACGGAGAGCCAUCCCUGGAAGGAACAGCCAGCAUCGUCAUCAACGUGGAAGAUGUCAACGACAACGUCCCCCGCUUUUUCGGCCACGACCGGAUCGAGUACGUGCCUGACACUGAUGGAGGCGAAUACUUGCCGGUUUAUACAGCUCAAGUUCCAGAGAACAGCGAGCCAGGCACACCUCUGGUGUUGUUGCAUGCCAACGACACCGAUUCCGUCGAGACUGGUAAUGGAAUGGUGCUCUUUCGACUUCAAUACGAUGAUGGACUCUUCGGCGUCGACACAAAAUCAGGUGCAGUGUUUGCCACGAGACCCCUGGACUACGAAAGUAAGCAUUCUCAUCAGUUCCGUGCCAUCGCCUACGACUUGGGCAAGCCCAAGGCUCUCAGCACCACGGCUCUGGUGAAGGUGGAUGUGACAGACGUGCCGGAGGUCAUCCACGGCCACUAUUUCCCCAGUCGACAAUACGUCGUCCAUGUGGAAGAAAACUUGGAUACCCCGAUCGAUCUGUUGGACAUAGACCUGCGAGAAGACUUGCAAGAGAGUGAUUUCCUUUUCAAAAUGGUCAGUCGAAAAGGAAUCGGGACGUUUCAUGUGGAUAGCGACACCGGCGUUUUGUCUCUCCUGGUGCCUCUGGAUAGAGAAGAAGUCGGAGAGCAUUUGAUCAGAAUAAAGGCUACUGAACGGAUUUCCAAUCAGUUUGGGAAUCCCCAAGAUGGCCGGGAUGAGGUGGAUGUGAGAGUGAUCGUGGACGACGUGAACGACAACGAUCCCCAAUUCGUGUUUGGGGAUCACGAUCAUCCAUUCGUGGCCAGUGUCCCUCGUGACGCACCCUUCGGGUACCAAGUCACACGCAUUACGGCGGAAGACAAGGAUGCUGGAGUGGGAGGGAAGAUUCACUACACGAUCCUGUCGAAGGAGGAGGACGAGUCGGAGUUGUUUGGAAUCCACCCUGAGACAGGUCAAGUGAGAGUAAAGGUCACGGGAGGUCUUCUCCCCUACUCAACCACAAGAAAGAUCUUCGGCUUCGACGUGAAGGCCUCAGACGAAGACGGCCGACCCAGCGGCCACUCCGUCGUCGCCAACGUCUUUAUCUAUGUGACGGAGGAGGAGGAACAAGCCGUGGUAACACUCGAUGCCAGUCCUGAUGAAGUAGAAGAGUCGCUCAAUGCCAUACUGCGGAAUAUGAGUGCCAUAACAAAAGCAGACCUGCGCGUGAGGAAGGUGGAAGCCCACGUGGACGGAGACCUCGCUGACCCCGCCCUCACGGACCUGUAUGUGUAUGGGGUAGAUGCCGAGAAGCAUGCCAUCAUCGACUCAGCAACGCUACUCAAGUUGUUGGGGGAUAAGGGAGAGACGAGUGGGGGUUUGAAGGCGAUCGGAGUUAUGAGAAUCAGAGGCACGGCUGAAGUUUACGGCCUUCAAGGACUGUCCUUGAGGACAGCCGAGAUCGUGAUGAUCGUCGUCGGUGCUAUCAUCUUCCUUGCCACGCUCAUCACCCUCAUCAUCGUCUGCACCAUCAAGCAAAACAAGUACCGGGGAGGAAGACAAACAAUAGACCCAGGUCUGGUACGAAAGAAUAGCCCAUGGCCCACCACCGCCCUCCGUAAUAGCAGCUUCACCGUUCUCGAGAGCACUCCCACUUCAUCGGAGGGCACUUCCCCAGACAACCUGAUGCUGGGCGGAGGGAAGCGAUACCCAUCCCUGGAUCACCAGAUCCACCUGCACGGGAGCCGGCUCAGUCUCCAAAACCUGGCCGGCCAUGACAACGGCAAUGGACUGAGACGAUCCAAUCGUCAACGAUCCGUUCAUCACCUUCGCCACCACCACCAACGUCACACCGAAAGGAACUUCGUGGAUGGGUGCAUCUGUAAAGCUGUCCCGCCUCCGGUCCCUGCUCGGAAUCGGAACAGGAACAACGAAUAUUCGGAUUUCGUGCUGGACAAUGAGGACACCUUGCCUCGAAGGACAGUCCCGACAACGACCGAAUGUCCCGAGUGUCACUGCACGUAUCUCAAUGAUCAACUCUGA